GCGUCACUUUGAGAAAGAAAACGAAGUUUUUUGCGGCCUUCAUCAGUUUGAAGUCUUCAAUAUACGGUAAAUCCCUAAUUUUUUUUCUUCUCUUUCUCUUUAUUGAAUCGAUACUUUUGUUUAAUUUGUGGAGAUAAUGUGUAAAUUUUGAAUUGCUUUCUUAAAUUCGAACCCUAAUUUUAACUAUUGAUUUACAUUUUACCAUAUUUGUUUUUUAAUUACUUUGUGAAUGUGGCGUAGUCUUUUCAAGUUGAAAAAUUGAUAUACUUAACCGCCAUAUUAGAUUAUGAUUUUUGGUAAUUAUACAAUGAUUUUAAUUGAAGUUCUUUGGGUUUUAUUGAAUAUGUAUUGGAUUAAACUGCAUUUUAGGGUUGUCAAUUGGAUUGCUUGUUGAAAAUUGUAAGUUAGUCCAAUUAUUUAUUGAAAAUUGAUAUCCAGUUUAUGUGAAUUUUUGAAGUAUUUGAGGGUAGCAAAAGAUCCGACCUUAGCUCAGUUGGUAGAGCGGAGGACUGUAGUUGAUCAGCAGAUUAAUCCUUAGGUUGCUGGUUCGAUUCCGGCUUUCGGAAUUAAUACUUGUGUUUAGGAUUAUUAGCUGGCUAUAUAAACCUUAAUUUUAGCGUAGUCGGAUUUGGGUAUUGCUAAAAAACAUGAGCAGUUGAGCAGACCUUGGUUCUGUUAUAAUGAUAUCAAUGAUAUUAAGUCAACCUUUUGCUCGUUUAGUCGUCUUUACUGCUGCAAAAUUUAAUAUCCUUCUCUUUUUGCAAGUUGGUAUUGUUUAUAGAUUACAGAAACAAUAAUUAGGGACAUGACAUCAACUUAUCUGCUGGAAUUAUCAACUUCUUAAUAUAGAAUAUAGAUUAAUGUUACCAGAUUGACGAAGACAUAAUAAUCUUUGAAAAGUCCAAGUCUUUGUCUGAUGAAUAGAAAAGCAGGUUACUCCUAUUAAUGAUUGAGAUACAGCAAGUAUCAAUCUCGUGAGUUUGUUUUAUACUUGUAACUUAGGGUUCACUUCAACUUAAUUUCAGUUCAGUUCAGCUCCUAAUUUCCUUAUCUCAUAAAAUAUUUAUUUCAGCUCAGUUCAGUCGAGCUAAGUUUAGUCUUAUGUUUGCGUUGCUGUGCUUAGAUUUUUUUCAGCAGCAUGUUACAAUGUUAGAACGAUUGCCCUCUCAUUCAGCUUGAGUGAAUACAAAUGGCUAACAGCUAAGCGUGUUGCAAAUGCUGGUUGUGUGGCUUGUUGUAGCUUUUAGUGAAGUCAUUGUCCCAUAUCCCAUGGUGGUUAUAGCGAUUUCUGCAUUUGAAGGUCAUGGGGUAUGUAGUAAAGGGAUAAUUUGUGAAAUUGGAUUUUUUUUCGGAAUGAUGGUAAAUAAUCAGUCCUUGUUAAAGCCAUUUUUAGAAUUAUAACUUUGGACACCUUCAGCAGCUUAGUUUUGACCCUUUUUUUUUCCUUUCUUAUUUAAUGCAAUACAUCACCUUUUCAACAGUUAUGUCCAUCUGCUAAAUUUGACAAGGGACAUGAGAAGCUGCCUGCUAAAUGAUCUGUGGCCCCUUUUCACAACUUUUUAUUUUUUAUUUUAUUUUGGUGUGUGAUUGUGGCCAACAUUUCUUGAUCAAUGUUGAAUUUUGUGGCUGAAAUAGUAGGUCAGUGUUAAUUAACUAUGGAAAAGCAAAUUAGCAAAAGUUAAUGUAUAGUAUAAUAUAUGGGAAUUUUCUAAGAAGAAAAGUCUUUUUUCCUGGGAUAACUUUGACUAUGUAAAUUGAUUAAAUCUUGUUGCUUCUUUUUUUCCCCCACAGUGGACAAUAUGCUAAAUUUACACAACUCCCUGUAUUAUUCAUAUGUAGUUGACAUGUCAUAGGGUCUUCUAUGUGACUUAAGUUUAUUAUAGAUUAUGUGGAUUGUAAAAAGACUUGAAAGUCAAAGAAGCAUGGCCUUGAUAGACAGUUUAAAGAUGCAUAGCCUGCCAUUAAAAUAUCCAGUCCACUUGAUUAUAGAGUAUGAGAUAGCUUAAGAUCAGUCUUAUUGUACUGCAUAUCAGAAAGGCUGAGAAAUAUUCCUAAAAAAAAUGUUAUGCCUGUUGUUGCUCCUGCUUCAGCUAGAAUCAUUCCUAUGGCUAGCUGCAGGCGGUAAUAUUUCUAUGCCUAAUUGUCCAGAUCACUGUGGUAAUGUCAAGAUUCCAUACCCUUUUGGAAUUGGGCCCAAUUGCUACCAUGACAAAUGGUACGAGAUAAUUUGUAAUAGUAAUAAUAAUUCUGUUCUUUCUCCAAAACCGUUUUUGCGCCAUUUCAAUCUUGAGGUGCUGGACAUUAAUUGGCCUGGAAGGUACUCCCCUCUAGGUAGACAAGUGAAUGAUCAGGAAGCAGAUGAUCAAAGACUUAUAGUAAAUCUCCUCCCUAAAAACUUUUGUGGAAGUAGCACAGCAGUAUUUCACGGAUUCGCUACUUCAGUAGUCAAAGGCGUCGACUUCAAUGGGAGUCCAUUCCGUUAUUCUAGGUGGUUCAAUGUUUUUAUGGUGGAGGGUUGUGGCGGAAGUGUUGUUUUGCAAAAAAGGGGUGGAGAAAUUAUGACUGGCUGUGCUUCAGUUUGUUCGAAUGAAGGUGUAAGCAUGAACAAAAGUAAUUGUUAUGGAGUUGGAUGUUGCCAAGCCUCUCUCUUGUCAUCUCCAACGGGUGACUACCUGAACAGGGAGGAGGGCUUAGAUUUUUAUCAGAUAGCUCUUGAUUACACGGGAUUUUCUAAUUUCAGCACCUGCAAUGUGUCAGCAGCCUUGAUUGAAAGUUACUCGGUGAAGAAGUUGUCUGGGAAACUAUCAAAUCUAAAAGCAUUCCCUGCGGUUUUAGAAUGGACUCCUAAAUACAUUAUGAUACCUCGAAAAAAGCCGUAUAUGAAUUAUGACAAUUUCAGUUGUAAUUAUGACAAUAAUAAUGCUGUAAGUUGUACAUGCGGUUUUCCCUAUGAGGGAAAUCCCUUUCUGCCGGACGGAUGUCAAGUUGUAACAGCAUGUCACAAGUGCAGGGAUCGUUGUGAUAUGGCCUUUUCUGAUGACAAAGGUUACUACACUAAUUAUUACUGUAAAAAAAAUCAUAAGUUAGAGCUGGCUUCCAUUCUUGCGUUUAGCAUAGGCUUGGGAUUAGUGCUUUUGGUCCUAGGUUGCUACUGGCUCUAUAAAUUCGUAAAGAAGAGAAAAGAGAUGAAACUUAAAGCUAAAUACUUCAAGAUUAAUGGUGGUUUGCUAUUGCAACAGCAAAUGUCUUCCACUGAUGGUGUUGUUGAGAACACUAAAAUUUUUGCUGCAACUGAGCUGGAGAAAGCCACUGACGGUUUCAGUGAAAGCAGAAUACUUGGCCAAGGAGGCCAAGGUACGGUCUAUAAAGGUAUGUUACUGGAUGGAAGAAUUGUGGCCAUAAAGAAAUCUAAAAAGGUAGAUGAGAGCCAAUUGGAACAGUUUAUUAAUGAAGUGGUUAUCCUUUCUCAAAUCAAUCACCGGAAUGUGGUAAAAUUGAUAGGCUGCUGUUUGGAGACUGAGGUUCCUUUGCUUGUCUAUGAGUUCGUCUACAAUGGAACGCUAUAUCAGCAUUUACAUAAUGAUACUGAAGAUUUUCAUGUCUCUUGGAAAAUGCGCUUGCAAAUUGCAGCAGAAUCAGCUGGUGCUCUAGCAUACCUGCAUUCAUCUUCAUCUGCUCCUAUUUAUCACAGAGACAUCAAAUCAUCCAAUAUACUUUUGGAUGAAAAAUUCAGAGCAAAGGUUUCAGAUUUUGGGACUUCAAGAGCUAUUACCAUUGAGCAAACUCAUGUGACUACCUGUGUUCUAGGCACAUAUGGUUAUUUGGACCCAGAGUACUUUCAAUCAAAUCAGUUUACUGAGAAAAGUGAUGUAUACAGCUUUGGUGUAGUCCUGGUUGAGCUUAUCACUGGUAAGAAACCAAUUUGCCCAACCAAAGAGGGAGGAUGGAUUAGCUUGGCUGUUGAAUUUCUUUCCUAUAUGGAAAGUUCUAGUCUAUCUGAUAUUCUGGACGCUCGAGUUGUAGAUGAGGGUAAGGAAGAGGAGUUUGUGGUUGUUGCUAACCUUGCAAGACAGUGCCUAGAAAUGAAAGGGAAGCAACGACCUACUAUGAAAGAAAUUGCAGUUUUACUAGAUGGUAUCAGGUCACACCACCCCCCUAAUUUCAGGGAACCAAUUCCACCAGGAAGCAAGCAUGUGGUUACAGAAAUGGUUAGCACACAUAGCGGUCCUUUCAGUGUAGAAAUGCUCUCUUCAGAUGACGGUCCUUCCAAUUCCAUGGAAGUCCAACCACUUAUGGUCAACAUCUGACAAUUGUACGGUACUUUCUGAAGACUUCUGCUGUAGUAAUUAAUUAUACAAAAUUGUUUACUAAACUGGAAGUUUGUUAGAUACUGUGUUUACCUUCUUGUAUUGGGAGCUAGCUUCUCAACCACUUAUCUAAUUGUAUAAUUAUUGUGCUGCUUAAGAAGCAAAUAAUUUGCUUUACCCCUUCUGUUUGAAGGAAGCUUAAUUGUAGUCAUGGUUUUGUUAUACAAACCGGUUUUAUUUCAUGAACACCAUAGAAGUGAACUUAGCUUA